GCUCCUAAAGACUGUGUUUGUAGAACCCCACCCCCCCAAAAAAAAAAAUCCACUGACCUGGCCAAUCUCUUAACUCCUUCUCUUUGCAGGAUGGAACCACUCUAUCAAGCUGGGUCUAUUCUCAUGAAGGUGAAUACCUUACAGGGGAAGAAGAUGGUGGAGAGUGGCCUCCACUCUGGAGACUUUUCCCUCCCCCCAUCAUGGCCCUCCUGCCUCCCACCACCUGCUGACUUGGAGAUCUUGCAGCAGAAGGUAGCUGGUGUGCAGCAGGAGCUGGAGGACUUUAAGAAUGAGGCACUGAAGGCCAUCCGCUAUUUGGAAGACGCUUUCUGCGAGAUGAAUGGGAUCCUGGCACAGCAGGAGGAGCAGGCGGCCCGCGUGAAGCAGCGACUCAGGGAGGAGGAGGACAGGGGCAUUGUUCGAAAUAAGGUCCUCACCUUCCUGCUGCCCCGGGAGAAGCAGCUCCGGGAGCACUGCAAGCGGCUGGAGUGCAUGCUGCUGUGCCGGGGCCGCGACACACCCUGCACCCCCAGGAAGGUCCAGGAGCACUGAGGGCUCCUCUAGCAGAAGUUGAGUCUCUAGCUGCGCAGUCAAGUAGGAGACUUUCUAUUUUCCAAUGGAAGGACAAAUCCUUAGCCCCAUCUGCUUCUCCCCCCUUUACCCAUUUCCAUCACUUUCCUUCUACCUAAAUAACACCUUGCUGAGGCGAAAAGACGCUGUAUGUUCUUUUGGUGAAGCUCCAUUUAUCCAGCAUCAUCAAAGAAGGAAGCUCCUUUAUACUCAGUCUUUCAGACACUUGUAACGCUCACCUUUUCCUGCUUGUAAUGGUAAUAUUGCUCCAGUGUACAGCAUCUUUGGUUUUCUGUAUACUUAAACCGUGUUGAACAGAUUUACCUUUCUUU